AUGGGUUCAAUUUACCUAAUGCUUUUGCUCCUCAUCGGAGCAACAACGGCCGACUACGCUACUCCGGCGAACACUUUAACCGCUGGCGGCAUUGGCGGUGAAAUCCCGCCGCCGUUUGCCGGUCAUCACGGCCGGGAGCAACCGGCCCCCGGCCACCGAUGGCCGUUCCCGAAGCCGAACUGGCACUGGCCACGGAGAAGAUCACCGCCACCACCAACACCGCUCCACCACGGCGGCGGCGGCUCCGAAACUCCACCGCCUCCACCACGCGGCCGCUUCCAUUUCCCGAGACCCCACGUGCCGUGGCGGCCAUGGUGGAGAAGAUCACCACCACCGUCCCCGUUGCACCACGGCUCCGCCUCUACGCCGCCACCUCCGCUGCCGGUGCACAACGGCGGAUCUCUGCCUCCACCGCCGCCCCGCCACUCGUGGUUGCCGAAGCCGAAGACUCCGUUGCCAUGGGUAACUAGAAAAUCGCCGCCACCUCCGCUAAUUUGCUACUAG